AGUAAACGGCCUACCUUAUUAAUCCUACCGGCGUCCUUUCACUUGUCAGGUUCUAGCUAGCCCGCAUGAGUGGUAUAGAAUGCACAAGGUUGCUAGAUAGACGUGGGCGGGCACCAACACCGAAGCAGCUCGGCCAGACUUCAUCUACUUUGCCCUCGUCUAUCCUGGUCGUUGGAGGGGCGGGUCGUCAUGUUGGACUACAAAUAGAAAAACUGAGAUUCCAACGCUGACGUCCAUCCAACAACAUAAAUCUCAUGAGAGUGUUGAUCAUAGCUCUUUUCAGGCGUUUGGACUCCUUGGGUCGGCGACCUGCCGGGCCGGCGCGUGUGGGUUUGGGGGGCUGCGCUGCAGAUAAUGGAUGGCACUGCGUCAUAUCUCUGGCCAAAACGUGGUGGACUGCAGCUCUACUACCGGCCACUUCAAGUCAUGGCAAAGACUAGUGUUGAUGCAAAGUCAUUGAAGAAAGUCGAGAUUCCUCGGGAUUUGACACGGCGAACCAGCAAUGUCGCCAAUGCUCAGAUCAACGAUAUCUACGAAGCUAGCAGAUUGCGUGAUCACCUGGAGAUAGUGAAUCCGAUGAAAUCGAUGGAUCGCGAGCGGUGGUUCUCCCCACGUCACGGGCGAUGUCCAAAGCUUCGCUGGGCCACAUUGUUCCACAUCCUGGACUCCUGUUGCGACUCUGCAUCCAAGCUUGGAAAUCUCACAAGCACUAGGAAGCGAUCGGAAUCUCAGCUCCGCACACUGAUUCAGACCAUGGAUCGCUCUCGUACUCGUCUCGGGUUUCAAUAUACCAGUCACGUGACCAUACUCGAAGAGCAGAUUAAUUCUUGCUACAAUCCAGAGAUCGUAAUAACAGUGGAUUCACAUGAUAUUAUCGUACCACAUCAUUUAUAUCUUUUUGACAAGUAUCGAUGCGAUACUACGGUACGGGUGUUGCGCAAAGUUUAUUCCUCGGGUAUGAAACGGUUCAGUGUUUUGAAAAUCUGGAAAUACUUGAUUGAUGAUAUACCCAAGCUACCAAGAUCUCAUCGUGUGACCGUUCAUGACUGGGCUAUCAUUUCAGUGCUACAGCUUUACAUCCCAUUGUUACAGGUUAAUCCCAAUGCUAGAGUGUGUAGUGUGUUAGCUUGGAGGUGGCAAUUAUUACGAGGAACCUAA